AUGGCAUUCUUAGUCGGCGCAUCUGCGCCAUUGGCUGUGCAGAAGCUCGCCAUCCCCUUCGUCUGCCUCCUAAUCGCCUUCCUGGGCUACGGCUCGCAGCUCCUCUUUGCACUCUCGCCCGACCUCGACCCCGGCCCGCCGACACAGUUCCAAAAAUGGGUUUUCAAUGCUCUGCUGUUGUGUCUCUGGUGGACAUACUAUCAGGCAUGUACUGUGGAUCCCGGACGAUACACAUUUCCUCCUCCGGAAAAGAGUCUUGGGAAAGAGGCCAACGCUCCAGCCGCGGGAGAAGGAGAAGAGGACUCGUCGAAACAACUGGGACAAAAGGGCCAUCGCCAAAAGAGAUGGUGCAAAAAGUGCCGCCGGCCUAAACCGCCCCGGGCGCACCACUGCAAGACGUGCGCGCGCUGCGUCCCGCGGAUGGACCACCACUGCCCUUGGACGUCCAACUGCGUGGGCCUACAGACGUUUCCGCACUUUGUGCGCUUCCUCGUCUACACAAACGUCUCGCUGUGGUACCUGGCCUCGCUGCUCUGGGCCCGCUUCGCCGCCCUCUGGUCGAACCGCCUGCUGCCCGCCUACCUGGGGCCGACGACGACGCAGCUCGCCUGGCUGACCAUUUUCACCUUUGUCUGCGCGGGCACCAGUCUCGCCCUCGGCAUCCUCCUCCUCACGACGCUCAAGGGCUGGCUGUUCAACACCACCAUGAUUGAGGGCUGGGAGAUUGAGAGGCACGAGGCCGUCCUGGAGCGGCGCGCUGGCGGUGGCAGCUACGGCAACGAUGGCGACGAGUCCUUUUGGCCCGACGCCCGGGCCCGACCUGACGGCGGCGGCGGCGGCGACAGCUUUGUCGACGCCGUCGAGUUCCCCUACGAUAUUGGUCUCUGGGCCAACCUCUGCGCGGGCAUGGGCACAAGCAACCUUCUGCUCUGGUUCCUGCCCUUUGCGGGCCACCCCCGCGUCGCCGGCAACCGCGACGGCAAGAUGCAGGGCACGGGCUGGGAGUACGAGGAAAACGGGCUCAAUGACGCCGAGGACAUGUGGCCCCCGGCGGACCCGGCCAAGACGCGGCACGCCAAGGUUUGGACUCGGCAGCGGAGGCAGGAUAUGCAGGAGGAGCGCGAGAGGUUUGAGAACGAGGAGCGCUGGGCCCGGCCCGAGGAUCAGAGGGAGGCAUUCAGGCAGAGACAACAUCGCGACCUGCAGAGGUGGGAGGGCAAGAUCCUCGGAGAGCUCGAGGAGGUCAAUGACGACGAGGGCUACGAUUUUGUGGACGAGGCCUACGCCCCUAGAGGUGGCAUCAUUGUUGACGAGGGCAAACAAGGCUGGGUCAAUGCCGAUGGGGAGCAUCUGGGCGAUUUUGGUGUCGACGAGGAUGCCGAAUUUGACGAGCCCGGCGACGCAGAUCUUGUCCCUGGCGAUGAAGACGAUGAUAUUCCUCUUGGCGAACUGAUUCGACGUCGUAAAGUCAAGACACGAGAUGAAGACGAUAAUAGGUAG